UGCAAUGCAAUCGUAGAUGCGUAUAUUUAGAUUGAAAAAUACSCAUUUCCUAACAUUGCCAUUGAGUUUCAUUUCUUAAUUUUACUAGUCAGGGCAMAAAAGAUAAUGGCGUGGGUUCUCGCAGGAGGAGCUGUUGCCCUUGCUGCAGGAGUUAUCAUAGCCAAUAUGGAUUGGUAUAAAAAUCUUCCUAAGGCUGAUUACAACUACCUCAGUCAUAUAAAAGUGCAGAAAUUAGAUGGAUCYGAUAGUUUUCUACCAGCUACUGAUUUAUGGAGAAAAAAAGGUGCUAUUAUAAUGGUUAUACGAAGAGCUGGAUGAUCUUUGUGCAGAGAGGAAGCUUCAAUGCUCACCUCUUUAAAACCUGAACUGGACCAACUUGGAGUCCCCUUAGUUGGUAUAGUUCAUGAGAAGACUGGAGUAAAAUCAUUUCAGAAAUACUUUUCUGGGGAGAUUUUCUUGGAUUCAGAGAGAAAAUUUUAUGGUCCUGAGGAGAGAUAUAUGUUUAUAAGUGGUUUUCUUCGUCUUGGYGUUUGGCAGUCAUUUUUCAGGGCCAAGAACAAAGGYUUUGAAGGAAAUCUCAAAGGAGAAGGAAGGAUUCUGGGUGGAGUUKUCGUWAUGAAUGCUGGAGACCAAGGCAUAUUGCUACAGCACCAAGAGAAAGAGUUUGGUGAUCAUGUAGAGUUAGAUGAUGUUAGAAAGGCAAUACAAAAAAUUCAAAUCCCUCAUACUCAAAGUAAAAUAUAAUUACAUACAUUUUGUGGGACGAUGAAAAGAAAUCAUAUCCACCUAGUAUGCAGAUUCAUUACAAAAUCAAUAUUUGUCUGCAUUGAUUCAUUAUGUCUUUAAAAUGAGAYUACAUUUAUUUGAUUAUUGAACAGAGCAAGAAAAUUAUCAGGGGUAGAAGUAUGAAAUAAUGUUGYAAGAGUUCAACAUUAGAUUUAGAUGUGUAUGACGCCAUGGAUACAAAGGUSCAUUUAAAAUGAAGAAAUCUGUGGCUGAUGUUGAAACCAUAUAAAUCUUUAUACAACUUGAUAUCCCUGACUUUCUCAGUUCAAAGCUCAAUAGAAAUAAUUACUAUUUGUGACUGUUGAUGUUUGGCAACUACAAACAUGCUUUAUUCUUUCAUUGCAAGUUCAGAGAAAGCAGACUUUUCUGAAGUGUGCCAAAGUGUGCAUUAUAUACCAAUCUAAUUAGGUUUACUAUGAUAGGAUGAUGUCAUGGAUACAAAACUCUGUGAUAAAAGAGAAACUCGUGACUGAUGAGGAAUCUAAUGUAAAUCUAUUAGAAUUGUGUAACAUUUCUGGUGUACAAGUGACAGUGCAAUAAACAAGUGCAUCUUUAUAUUAAAGAUGUAUCAGUGUUGGUGCUAAAAUUGUAGUCCACUGUCAUGUUGCUCUUCCUUCUCUUUAAAUAAAAAAUGCACAGCCACUGUG